UCACAAAUGGAGGUGCCACUCUGAACGAAGUGUUUGCCUUUGUUUACGUGUCGAACGAAUUCAUUGAAGCGAGUGACCAAAUUGCCAUAUUUUAUGGCAUAUUUGUGCAAUUUUUUACCAACGAAUCAGUUAAAAUAUCAAAAUCGCGAAUAUAGUUGGAAAUGAGCUUAAACCAGGAUGUCGGUUCGAGGGGAAGAGGUCGCGGUUGGCAGCAACCCGAUAAUCCUCCAAAGGAGUUGCGUCGUCCUAAAGCUGUACCUGAUGAAACAAAAGUAGAAGCUCCGAAAUCAACUCUAUCUGCAGAGGCAAAGGAAUGGUAUCCUCCAAACUAUGUACCCCAAGCACCUGCAAGCUACACACCAGAUGAUAGCCAGUAUAGAGUGCAAAAGUUUUCAGUGCAGAAUCGACUCCGCCAAGCACAAGACCAGAACCCAUACAACUUGAAUGAAAUGUCGCAAUAUUUAGAUGAAGCAGAGAAUAUGGACUUAAGGGAGCACAUUGGUUACCUAAUCACCGUAAUGUGUGAGAUAACAUUUGACCCUGGUAAAUUUGACAUUCUCUGCGGCUCCAUAGUGGACAUGUUUGCGUCCACAUUACAUAAUGCUGCUUACACAAGGGCCCUUGUUGAAGCUAUUGUGAAUCAGUCAAUCGCCGAGUCGAACUUCCGUUACAACGGCGCUCGACUAUGUUCAAUGUACGAUUCGGUUGCUACACCAGAGGAAUCGACCUUCCGAGCAUGCCUUCUCGAGCGCUGUUCCACAGAAGAGAACAAGAUUAUCAGCGGAGUGGAAACCUCGGAGGAGAACAUGCGGGGAUUCGCCAUGUUCCUGGCCGAGAUUUAUACACAGCUGGAAGAUAGUCAGGGUGGACGAAUUAAGACGUUAGGUGAAAGUCUCUGUAAGGUGUUGUUACAUCUUUUGGACACGGACAAAGAGACGAAUAUCAAAGCUGUGUGCCAGUUAUUGAAGUUAUCAGGCAUAGCCCUGGACGCGGAUUGUCCAGGGGGAAUUAACGCGGCCUUCGAGCGUUUGAAGCGACGCGCGCAAUUGCCCAGUGUACGAGGCGUGCUCGCUUUGCGCGCUACUCGGUGGGGAUUGGCGGAAAAUGAUCCAACACCGCCUCUAGAAGAUCCACGUAGGAGACUAAACGGCUUAAUGACUCAGGAAGGCGGUUAUCUGGCUGAUGGGUACACCCUGACGCCGGAGGAAUGCGCCUUCAUGCAGAACAACCUGCCCAACAACAAGACGGCGGCAUUGGAGGAAGACAUACUUGAGGAAUUAGAUGGUGACGGUUGGGGCACUGGAAUGGACGCAGAAAUGCGUGAAGGCUUCCUUGAGUUUCUUAAGCACUCGAACCAGAUUAAGCGAUAACCGACACACGCUUAACCGGAUCAGACCAUAGAUUAAAUCGACAAAAAAAUACAAAAUUCCUAAAAAGUCACAAAAAAUAUUUCGCUGUCAUAGCACAUAGCAACGGCAAAUACAAUAGCAAUAAAGUAGGCUUAUUGUACCUUUGUACGGAAGUGUAUUGAAUAUUUUAAACAGUGUAGACGUCAAACGUCACCUUCUAUGACAUUUGACUCCGUUUUGAGAUUUGUCAAUCGGUGGCAUUUGAUGUUGACAGCUUCACCACAUUUGAAAAUCGAAUUGUGUUUUUAAAAUGUAAUACACUUUUGGGCAGAGACUACGAAACUUAUAUGCGAUAUAUACAUUGCCUUACUAAAACAAUUUUAACGGAUUUUUUUAUAUGCAUAAUAGACCGUUAAAGUUGUUAACUGCAUGUUAAUGCUUUUAAACUGACCAUAAUUUAGUUUUGGUGAUCCGGAGAGUUCGUUUGACUGUUGUAAUUUUAAUUUGUUUUACGUUUUUUGAAGUGACUAAAUGUAAACAAGUAUCUUUAGCGCAAAUUUAAACUUUAGUAAUGAUUUUAAUGAAUUAGCAAUAAUAAAAUCGAUAAUUUGACAAAUGUCAUGGUUUUUGUGUUGGCUUGUUUACAUUUCGUCGUAAAAUUAUUUAGUGAUCUCAUUAUUGUUCCAUUUAUUUUGUCUGACAAUUGAAUCACUGCUUAGAGCCGAUUUUACGAAUGCAUUUUUAAAAUUCGAACAAUAUGAGAGUGCUUUCAGAGUUGCCAGUAAUAAAAAUGAAACUUUUCAGUCGAAAGUUGUUUAUUAAAUACUUUACAGUAUCUGCUGUACGUCUGUUAGUACUGUUUUUUUUUUAAUCCACCAAUGAAAAUUUUAAAUAUACAAAGUCGAGAAUCGUGCCAUUCCGUAAUUCGUGAGAAAAAAUAUCUUAUCUACUUGAUAAGAAAUAUAUAAAUGGCUUAAUUUAUGCAUAAUGGGAAAAAAUUGUUAUCAUCCACAGUUAAAUAUUUCACACAAAUAUUGUACGAAAUGUUAGAAAAUUGGGAAAAGUCAAACUUCCUGCUCGCAAGUGACCAGAUUCAUAAUCUAUGGAAAUUCAUAGACCUUAGAUAUUUUAUAAAAAUGAACAUUUAUUGAAAGAAGUGUUGGGUGAAGAACUGCUCACACUAGACCCGUGGCAUAAUCUAUGAUAAUAUCAACGAACGUGUGCAAAUAAAAUCUAUUUAAAUACAUUAUGCGGUAGCACACUUAACAAUAUUAAAUGAAAUUUGCGCUGUCAUAUCGCAUUAAAAAGCUUCUACAGCAUUUCUAUUUAGGAGUGUGAUUGUUCAUUUCUGGGUUAGAUGGAAUUGGUAUUAUGAAAUAUUUUUGUAUAAUAUAGUCAGCCCGUCUAUGCCUGAUAAAGUGCAGAAUUUUUGGGACGAAACCAAAAAAAUACAAAUACCCUCUUAUAUUUCUCGUUCUAAUUUCAUGUGUGGUUAGUGAAAUUUCCGUCAGUUUUGACAGUAGACUUGUGUUUAUCUUCUAUUUAAAUAACGAAUGAUUCACGGUUUGGUUCCCAAACAUUCUGCACUUCUAACUCUUUAUAAUUAAUGGCAUUUUCUCACGUACCCUUCCGUGAAAACAUUUACAAUUAUGAUACACAUAAUUUAUUUUAAACAAUUAGGCAGAUGUUUAUAAUAUUCCAUUGUAUUUGUGUUGCAGUGAUAUUAUGAAUGUUAUAAGAAUAAAUGGAUAUUUUAAUAAAAGUCAUUUAAAUAA